CUUUUUUCAUGAAAUAGCUGCAACGCGGGGCCUCAGGGAUGGCCAACUCGGUAAGUAGACCGUUUGGACCACCAUGCUGGAAUUAAGUCAAUGUUUGCAUGUUUCUCCGUUCUUGUCACACUGGAGGAGUCCGUGCUUUUUUCCCACUUGGGCGCUGUUCAGGUGAAACUCGAACUCGGCCAUCGCGCCCAGGUCCGAAAGAAACCCACGGUGGAAGGCUUCACCCACGACUGGAUGGUGUUUGUUCGGGGACCGGAGCACAGCAAUAUUCAGCACUUUGUGGAGAAAGUUGUCUUUCACCUGCACGAAAGUUUCCCUAAACCCAAAAGAGUUUGCAAAGAUCCACCAUACAAAGUAGAGGAAUCAGGAUACGCCGGCUUCAUCUUGCCCAUUGAAGUUUACUUCAGGAACAAGGUACACUUUACUGCACCUUGUAAAAUGUGCACCUCCACGUACAGCUGCUUCAACAUACGCACUGUUUCACCGCAGGAAGAACCGAAGAAAGUUCGCUUUGACUACGACCUCUUCCUCCACCUGGAGGGUCACCCGCCUGUCAAUCAUCUCCGCUGCGAGAAGCUGACGUUCAACAAUCCGGCUGAAGACUUUCGUCGCAAGCUACUGCGAGCCGGGGGGCAACGGGACCCGCACAAACGAACCUCAGAGGACUCAAAAGUGAUGGUCAUGCAGGAGGGCUCGACAUCCUUGUUUAGGCAGCACAUGAAGCUCCCUGCACUUCCCAACACCUCCUUGACGUCCUCUUUCUCUGAUUCCCGGAAGAGCAAAAGCUCCCAUGGGUCAAAGGAUGGCUCCAAAGGAAGUGGCAGUACGCUCCUCACCACAGCCACAACCACCAGCACCACCAACAGCAGCAGCUUCUCCAAACUCCACAAACCCUGCAAGGACUACAAAGACAAGCCUCCAAAAGACUUGAAAGAGACCAAAAGUGCCUUCAGAGACUCUUGCUGGGAGUCCAGCAAAGCCCCAAAAGAACCUUCCAGAAAACCCAAAGAGAACCAGCCACUUCAAGAUAUCAGUCCUAAAAUGGGAUUCAAGGAGCCCAAGUCUUUGUCCAACCAUGGCUCAGGCAACAAGCGUUUGUUUGUUCCCGAUGUGGACAAUCACGUCACCAAAAAAAGCAAAAAGGGAUUUGCGGAUUCUUCGGGGAAGCAGACGGACGCUCAACAUUCUGAUAAACUGCUGAAGGAACGAUCACAGAUGCGGAGUUGUAAAUUGCGUCCAGAGGGUGAGCAAGUGGACCACAGGAAGGUAUCGACACUUCCUCCCUUCCAGGAAGUGGUGGACCCCAAUGACUCUGACAUGGAGUCCAGCAAGUCAGAUUCUGAACAGCCCAGUCCAGCCAGCUCCAGCUCCAGUUCAGGCUUUGGUCCCACACACCAUAAACGCCAAGUCAUGGACUUGAUCAUCAGAAAAAGGGUGGCUAUACCUGCCACCACCCACACAGUGCUGGGCCCGCUGCAGUCGGUGAUGCAGGAUCUGCACUCUGAAAACAACGACGACGAUUCUGAGGACGACGAAGACCUCGACUUGGAUUCGGACGCAGAGCGGCCAGCGCACACGCACCUCACACACCACCAGCGCAGGGUCAGUUUGAGUGACGGCAGCGAGAGUGACAGCUCCUCCUCCUCGCCGCUUUCACAUACGGAUGGCCCGGGUUUAUUAAAGACUGCUAAUACCCAGAUACUGGAAGUGAAGAGUCCCAACAAGCAGAGCAAGCAGGACAAAAGCAAAAAUAUAGAUGGUGACAAGGCUUACCUCGAUGAGCUGGUGGAACUGCACAAAAGACUGAUGACCUUAAGAGAAGGGCACAUUCUGCAACAGAUUGUCAACCUCAUCGAAGAGACUGGCCACUUCCACAUCACAAAUACUACUUUUGAUUUCGACCUGUGCUCCUUGGACAGAAGUACAGUUAGGAAACUCCAGAGUUACCUGGAAACUUCCGGACACUUCUGAAGCCCUUUUAGAAGCUGGCAGCUUGAUCUCUCCACGUAUUUUUUUUUUUUUCUUUUGGAAAAUAACUAAAUGUUGGAUGCAAUGCGAAGAGCCCCGCUGUGGUUGGUUGGCUGGAUCCAGUUGAAUUUGGGGGAGGUUGUGGUGUGGGGAUGAGCCCUGAUGACCAUCGGAUCACCCGUAAAGCCUUUGAAACCUUCCAAAACACAUGGAGGAUCUUUUUGCUCUUAAUGAAUGUGCAGAUGGUUGCCAUGUAUGCAUCGCCAGUUCGGUCCAAUCCGGUUUGACACCUGCAUGGUCAACAUUGCCUUACAAAGCUGUAAAGUCUUAUUUAUUGAAUUUGUGUAUGUGUGUGUGUGUGUGUGUGUUACAAACAGCAAAAAAAGAGAGAGAGAAAAAAGGAGACUUUGUUGAAGCACUUCACAGCAGACGUUAUGUUUGCGUGACAGUUACUUUGACCCUCAGUCGGUCACUGACUUGAAAUCAUGUUGAUGGAAUCACAUACAAAUCCACUGCACAUGUUUACAACAAUCUAAAGCUACUUGUAAAUGUGCAACUUAAAUAAAUAAGUAUAUAUUGUAUAUGCAAAACAGCUGCCUGUGAGGCCAAACUGAGUGGUUCAAUGACUAAAGUGAAAGAUCACACAAUCACACAUCUUUUAACCAAAUCCAGGAAUGAUGUGCUGCUCAGUGGCUACAAAGUUUUUGCAUUUUUUUUGCCUUUGCCAAUAGAACAUGCCAAACGCACGAGUGUUUAAGUCACUAAAACUGCUGUUUGAUCUGAUUGCAAGGAUUUCUAACGUUUUGAGGAAAUCAGCAGUCAGCCAGAAUGCGUAGACUGACGAGAACUGUUACGGGUGUGCGAAUAAAAUGUUAUUUAUUUUUUUGUUUGACUUUCAGCUGUUGCCUCAGAGCUCAGCGUCAACAUUUCUGAGGACAAUUCCUUUUUGUUUUGAUUUGUAAGCUGGAAUGUCUUGAGAUGUUAGGGAACACAGAUGGGCCUUUCCAAAAAAACCUAAAAGGGUGUACGUACUCCCUUGUCGUGUGGUUUUUUUGUAUAUUUUGAAGACAUACAAUAAAUACGCUGUAUGGUGUACAGAUGAGACGAGCAUGUUGUGGAAUGUUUUCUUCUUUAUCUUUAACGUGAAGUUGUUUAAUGUUGCUUGCUGAAGAGCGUGUAAUGUCUUUUUCUCAGGUGUAAAAGAGUAUCUUGCUGUCUUGAGGUUGGAGCAAGACAGAAUGGAACGUCUCCAUGUAGAGUCAAUCACAGUGCUCUCAUAUAGUGUAAGCAGGGAGGUACGGGUUCUUUUAAAAUAAUAAACCUACCAUGGCUGACACACACACCCAG